GUUAUAAAAAUACGCGUAUUGAAAAGUGUAUUGGUAUAGAUUGGCAAGAUGUCGACCCUGGAAGCUGCGGGCCUUGUUCUAUUGUUUUUGCAGUUUCCGCGACCUGUUAUAGGCCAGAAAACUCUCUCUGGUGUAGACUAAGAGAAAAGGGUCCAAGAAUCCAUUAUGAUGAGUUGUCCAGUUAUGUCUUAAUAUGGAAUUUAAUCAAAUGAAAUUACAAAUAAACAAAAGAAUUUUUGUAGCAUCUGAUUGGAAUUAUUCAGUGAAACAAACGUAUAUUGUGUGAUUUGUUUAACCAAUCGAUGUAAGGGAUGUGAAUUCCAGACCUGAAAUGUGUAAAAGUUAAUCUCAUUGCGGAAUAAAAAGUGUCUUUGGGGGGAUUCGAACUCAAAAAGUCAAGUCAAAGAAUGCAAAGCUGUAUAUGGUUUGGUUCUUCUGGACUCGACCAAGAAUGUCAAAGAGGAGGGCAGACAGCUAAUGGUAUCAUUGGCUAACCUGAUAACAUCUUCUCUACCUGACCACAGUGUUUCAAGUAUUUACCUAGUCGAUGACAAAUACACCAAAGUUGACAACUUAGAUGGUGUAUUGAAUGUGUCACCUAGUCAAAGUAGCAAGAUUACCGCUUCAGCAGUGAAAGCAGCUAUUGUUGACGCUUUCCCUGUACCCUAUUAUCCAACGAAAGCAGAGAUAAUCUUCAUUUUCACAACGGAUACGACAGUAAUUGAUAUACCAGAUAUUAUUUUAAAGAAAAAAACGUUUGUUAUAGUUGUUGGAACAUCUAUACCAUCAAGUGCAAUAGACAUCGCAUCAAGCGCAAGUCACGUUUAUUUAGUUAAACCUGAUGGAGAGGACAUUGUAGAAGUUGUAAAGGAGAUACAACAGCAGACAUGUAAAGAUUCCUACUUUUUGUGUGAUGUUGACAAACAUAAAGAUAACUACCAGUAUUCUACGUGCGUUAAUUGCCUUGAUGUAUGUUCCGAAAAACGAGUUCGAGAAGCAGACUGUCCUUCUUGCCCAUAUAUGCGACUUCCACCGAAGGUACAGGAAAUAAAACACGGACCAAGCACUGAUGAUAGUUACCCUGUAACAUACAUAACGGACAAUAAGAAUACAUUCAUUGAUUCAGCAAUCGUGUCUCUGGUGGUGAUAGCUGUUGUCAUUGGGAUUAUAUUGUCAGCGUAUGCAUGCUAUCGCCGAAAAGUUGCAUGUUUCGGAAGAGAAUCUAUAGAAAUCGGAGGUAUGCAUCAACGCGUGCCUGACUCUAUUGCAGUACUUGAAGAAGGGGACCAGAAUAUAUCACAAGGACCCGUAGACAACCAUGAACCGCUACUACCUCCUUCCCAGUCCCCUUCAAAUCUUCAUGACGAAGAAGCUUGUGCAAGUGGUUGCCAAGGACACUCUGGGCGGUAUGUCAAUAUUCGCCAUACUGAGUCAGGAUGCGGCAUAGAGGAGACAACUGUUUAACUACCAAUCAUCGUAGGUUUUCGGGAAUUUCCGUCAAACUCCGGAUUUGGACAACUUUGAAACCAGCGUUUUUUUCUUUCUAAAAGAAGUGACAAACAAUUUAAUCAUACAAAUGCAAGAAAUGAAAUCUGGUUACACGUGACACAUUGUCCUAGUGAUGGAGUAAAUACAGCCGCUUAUUUUAUUCAGUUAUUUAAUUUGAUGAAUUACGAUGGGCUUGGAUGCUACAUUUUGGUGUAUUCUUUAAUGAUUGCUUAUUGCAGAUUUUUAAUAUUAUUCACUGCAGAACAAAAAUAUUGCUUACCCACAAGAGAAGAACAGCAUAACUAUUUACGUGUAAGAACGUUCGCAAUAGUAUAUUUUUGUAUAGUUUUACUUAUGUAAUAUCUCCGAAACCGAAUACCUUGCCGAUUGGAUGAUUACUGUUUUGUAGCAUUUAGUUUACUUGUUAUUUCUUUUACUUUUACAUUUAUAUACUA